CGAUCUAAUCCUCAUGAUUGCCAACCACUGCCAAAGCUGUCUUCAUUGGUCAUGGCUUCAUGCUCACCAUUUGUUCUUCCACUUAGAGCCAAGCAACAAGAUUCAGGAAUACAUGGAACCAAUUCUGGUAAGCAAGAAAUUAAGAUUCUUGGGGUCCAUGAUUUUUUUCACAACUCUUCAACUGCUAGACGUUGCUGUGUUAGAGUUAAGGCUGCUCCAGGUAAUCGAAAAACGAAGCCGAAUAGUAUGAUUUGUGCUGACUGUGAUGGAAAUGGUGCUGUUCUGUGCUCUCAGUGCGAAGGCAGUGGAGUGAACUCUGCUGAUCUUUUCAAUGGCCGAUUUAAAGCUGGUGAUUCAUGCUGGCUUUGUGGUGGCAGAAAGGAAAUGCUGUGUGGGAAUUGCAAUGGAGCUGGAUUCAUCGGUGGUUUCAUGAGCACUUUUGAUGAGUAGAAGCAUCUGUAUGAUACAAUUGGAUGGAGAUAUUCAUGUAAAUGCAGCCAGUCAUGUGUGUAAUCUGUUCAAAUAGAUAAAAACAAGAUCCAAUAUGGGCUCCCUGACUGUUUCUGUACAGGUUCAACAGUAUACAAUGAUAUAUGUAGAUAUCAUGUUAUUCUGUAUUGAUGUCAGUGGUUAUUAAUUUGCAUAA